AUGUCUUCGACAGCAGUGUUGAAGCCGAGUCCGGCGCCCUCGCGCUUUGUCGCUCCUACGACCCCUCUGCGACCCUCUUCGGCCCCUUCGACACCACAAAAGUCACAGCAGCAACAGCAACAGCAGCAGCAGCAGCAACCACCGGUCACCAAGGUCGACACCCCUGGAACCUGGCGUCACCCAAACAUGGACGCCAUCAACCGUCGCAAGAAUGCCUCGACCUUUACUCCAGACAAUGUCCACACCGUCAUAGUCAAUGCCGUUGCUCUGCUGGUAUUCUUGCUUGCUCCCAGCAUGCUGUCUAGCUACACUCCCACAACACUAACUGCCUUCUUAAAAUCAAUGGACCCAUACGCAACUUGGGGCUCCAUCCUCAUCCGCUGCAUCCCCGUCAUCAACAUCUCCCUCGCCCUGAUGCCCCUCUUCCGCCCCGUCGACGAAAUGACAGACAUCCCUCUGACCAGAGAACAACGCCAACUUCUUGGCCUGACUCCUCAGAAUGUGCCUUUGCCAGCCGGUUCGCCUGGCUAUGUCACUCCUCCGCGCUACUCGCGUUCAUCGACCCCUCGCUCCAGUGCGCAAAAACACACCUCUGCAUCGCCCAUGUCGCACAAAGCAUCUCCUUCUUCGUUCGACCAGAGCACGCUUGGCGUCAGCAGAGGUCCUUCUGGAAGUCCUUUCUCCGUCAGCCCUCUGAUGCAAAAGGCUGUGGGUGGUGCUUCGGCUGCAAGAACUUCUUCACCGUUGGACAACAGUCUGGGAAGCAGUUCGUCGGGUUUGGCUACUGGAAAAGCUACCGUGUCAUUGAACAGCAAGUGGUUGUAUGAGAGAGGAAAGGGCAGUCCUACUGGUGCAAGAGCUGUCUUUUCAUGA